AUGAUUGUUUCCAGUGAAAAUGACCAUUUAGGAAAGUAUGAUUCUUACGGUGUGCACAAUUAUAUAUCAUGUGAAUGGGACAAUUACAUAGAAUCUGAGGGGCAAGUCUUUAGGGGAGGUUGUGUUGAUUUCCGAGAUAAGUUGAAGAAGUUUUAUGUUGAAUGUGGUUUUGAUUUGAAGUAUUUGAAGAAUGAUAAGAAUCGCAUUAGUGCGGAGUGUUUUAGGAAGGAAUCUGAUGGCUGUCUUUGGUGUGUGUAUGCAUCCAAGUGUGAUAUUAAUAACUUUUUUAUUAUUCGUAAGUUGCAUAAUUUGCAUACAUGCAAGGGUAUGAUUCGAAAGAAGAAAAACAAAGUUGUUGGCCGACAGUUUGUUGCUUCUCUCAUCAAGGAUAAGGUUCAGUCAAAUCCUUUUAUUAAACCGAAGGAGAUCAUUUCAAAUUUAAAACAGUUUUAUGGAUUACAUAUCGAUUAUUCUAUUGCCUAUUUUGGCAAACAGAGGGUAGUUUUUGAGUUAAAUGGUGAUGAUGUUGAUGCUUACAAGUUCUUGCCUUGGUAUGUUGAAUCUGCUCGUUCAAGCAAUUCUGGAUCUGUUUUUGAGCUUGAAGUUGUACCGGAGAGCAAUAGAUUUCUUCGUUUGUUUAUUGCUUAUGAUGCAUGGAUAAAAGGUUUCAUGUUUUGUCGCCCGAUGUUAUUCAUUGAUGGUACUUUUAUCAAGACCAAAUACAAGGGGUCUUGCUGUGCAAAAAAUGGUAACGAUGAGAUUUUUGAGGUUGCUUAUGCUAUUGUUGAUUCAGAAACGAUAACAAAUUGGAGAUGA